GUGGCUGUGUGCUCAGCAAUAGGAAAUGCUUUAUUAGCUGGGAGUGGUGGAGAGAAGCCAGGCAGGAAGAGGCAGUAAUAAGAAACAUUUUUUUGACUUCUCCCACAUCCAGACCACAGAGCGCUUGCCAAGCGCCUGAGUUCGGACAACGGGGCUGCCGGGACGGGGACGGAGACUUUCCCCGGGCGGGACGGGCAACGCUGCGGCUGCGGGAGCCCCCGCGGUGCUGGGACGGGUGGCGGGAGGGGAGCAGACCCAUGAAGCUCCUCCAAAGCGGGACGCACGGCACGGAGCAGAGCUGCCCCGGCUGAGCCGGGCACCGCGGCCGGGAGAGCCUCGCCGGGGCCAGGCAGUGCCACGGGCGCCCGCAGGCCACGGAUGCUGUAGGAAGAUGCUGUGCGGAGCCUGCAGCCGGACAGUGCUGGCGCUGAUGACCCUCUCCCUCGGCUUCGCAGCCGACGAGCUGCUGUGCGCCUGCGACGUGCCGCACUGCAGCCUGCCCACCUGCACGGGGAAGGUGUGCUUCGUCAGCAAGAGGAAGGAGGAGGGGACCGUCACCCAGCACCGGGGCUGCUUCUCCCAGAACAUCCUGGAGAACUGCCGCACGCCCGUGAUGGAGCAGUACGGCACGAAGUGCUGCAACUCCAGCAUGUGCAACGCCGAGCUGGAGAUCUUCCUGCAAGGAGAAGACGAGCUGGGAAAGGCACCUUCCCUGCCCAACCUCCUCCUGAUGAUCUUCGUCCCGCUGCUCACCCUCCUCGUCCUCGCGGCACUCACGGCGCUCUUCUGCUGGAAGGUGGCCCAGCACCGCCACAAGAAAAGCGACCUGGGGGACAUGGACCUCAUGCUGAAGGCGUCCAUGGUGGGAGACAGCACUUUAGAGGACUUGCUGAACGAUGACUGCACCACGGGCAGCGGCUCGGGGCUGCCCUUCCUCGUCCAGCGGACAGUGGCUCGGCAGAUCACCCUCGUGGAGUGCGUGGGCAAAGGACGUUACGGCGAGGUGUGGCGAGGUGUGUGGCAUGGUGAGAGCGUGGCCGUGAAGAUCUUCUCCUCACGGGAUGAGCAGUCGUGGUUCCGCGAGACGGAGAUCUACAACACCGUCCUCCUGCGGCACGACAACAUCCUGGGCUUCAUCGCCUCCGACAUGACAUCGAGGAACUCCAGCACCCAGCUCUGGCUCAUCACCCAUUACCAUGAGAACGGCUCGCUCUAUGACUUCCUGCAGAGAACGACCUUGGACGUGGAGACCUGCCUGGGGUUGGCCUCCUCCAUCAUCUGUGGCCUCGUCCACCUCCACGUGGAGAUCUUUGGCACCCAGGGCAAGCCUGCCAUCGCCCACCGAGACCUGAAGAGCAGGAACAUCUUGGUGAAAAGCAACCGGCAGUGCUGCAUCGCAGACCUGGGGCUGGCCGUCAUGCACUCCCAAGGCAGCGACUACCUGGACAUCGGCAACAACCCCCGGGUGGGCACCAAGCGCUACAUGGCCCCGGAGGUGCUCAGCGAGCAGAUCCGCACCGACUGCUUCGAGUCUUACAAGAAGACGGACAUUUGGGCGUACGGGCUGGUGCUCUGGGAGAUCACCCGGCGGACGGUGGUGAAUGGCAUCGUGGAGGAAUAUCGGCCGCCCUUCUUCGACGCCGUCCCCAGCGACCCCAGCUUCGAGGACAUGAAGAAGGUGGUUUGUGUCGACCAGCAGACCCCCGUGGUCCCCAACCGCCUCUUCUCUGAGCCAGUUUUGUCAGCCCUGGCGAAGAUCAUGAAAGAGUGCUGGUACCAGAGCCCCUCGGCCCGCCUCACCGCCCUGCGGAUUAAAAAGACGCUGAAGAAGCUGAACAAUUCCCUGGAAAAACCCAAACCGGAGCAGUGAGCGCCGGGCACGCACCAGAGCUGCUCAUGGGCUGCACCGGGAACAGCAGCGAAGCCAACGCUGGGAUGGCUCCUAGUCACAGAGGGGGGGGUUGCUUGCAGCCCCCGCCUUUCCCACCUCUCCUUGGAGCCUUUUUAAUUUGCAAGGAGGGAAAAAAUAGGAAGAACAGAAAAAAAAAAAAAAAAAAAAAAAGAGGGAAGAAUCUUCCUGGUUAUAAAAAUACCCGCCCUGGAUCCGCCAUCUGACGCUAGCCCGUCUCGCCUGCCCGGCAGGGAUGGCAGCAGCCCCCCCAGCCAGCGUGGCUGAGGGGGGAGCAGGUGCCAAAGCCAGCACCGUCCCCUGCCACAGCCCCCAAGCCCAGCCGGGCACCCAUCCCAUCGCUGGCACCCAACGCAGCACGCAGGCAGAGGUUUGCUGCCCAAACCUGCCUGCCCGGCGCAUUGGCAGCAGCGAUGCCACGGGCUCAGCGGCAGGAAUUCCCCGGCGGUGCCCGGCACGCCUCUCGCCCGAGGAGGUCUGGAUUUCACUGGGGAAGGAUGGGCUGGGGGCAGCGUGCCCCCCCAACCAGGCCAGAUCCACACCCUGGCACAUCUCGGGGACCCCCCAGGAUGAGGAACUGCCAGCACCGAGCGGGGCCCGAGUAUCCCCUGUGCCGCAGGGACCCACCGAGACGAGGACUCCUGCAGCCGCAGGGCCCUGAUCCUUCCAGCCACCCCUUUUCCAAGCCCUUUUGCUCUUUGCCAACAUUUUGGUGUUUUCUGGGAUGUUUUGGUGUGCCCCGUGACCUACCCCACACCACUCGCCCUCAGCCCCAAAACCACCCCACGUUCAGGGCUGUAAGGAUGAGUCCGGGAUGUUCAGGAGAACCAGCUCUGCGCUCUAUUCCAUAAUUAUUUAAUUAUUAAGAUUUAAUAUAUUUAAAUAAAGUGUAAAGCUAUUUUAUCGCUUAACAGCCACCAAACCUGCGAUGUGGCAGGAUGAGACCCCAGCGCUUCUGCAUGGCUUAAUUUAUUGCUUCACCACCAUGUAGCUGUUGUGUAUCGCUCCGGCACCGCCGGAUCCCACAAUAAACCUCGCUCCAGCCUCAA